AUGGCGAGAGCCGCUUCGCACGCAGUCCCCGGCAGACGGGCCGGAGGCCCCUCCGCCUUCGCCGCACCUCGCACCCUGACCCCGGAAGCGCUCCCCCUCCGGGCCCGGCUGCCGCUCCCAGCCCGGCCGCUGCGGGAAGCGGGCGCGCUGGGCAGGCAGUGCCCGGCUCGGAGCUCCAGACUGUAUCUUUUCCAGAUCAAGUUUUCACCAGUUGCUAAAAAGUUGCUUGUGGUCACUGCGGUGAGUGCCGUAUCUGUAAUCUUUCUGGCCCAUCACUUUAAAAGAAAACGUGGAAAAAAGAAAGGAAAAAUAUUGCCAUGGGAACCAGAGCACAUCAUACUUGAAUACACUAAAAGAGCAGCUUCAGACAAAGGUUCAAGUUGUUCCAGUAGUAGACAGAAUUUGACAUUAUCGUUGAGUUCCAACAAAGAAAAAGGAUCUCAGUCUUGUAACUAUGCUAAUGGAGGACUUUUCAGUAAAUACUCGGGUUCUGCACAGAGUUUGGCCUCCGUCCAGAGUGUCAAUUCUUGUCAUAGCUGUGCUUGUGGCAAUUCUAACUCCUGGGACAAAGCUGAUGAAGAUGAUAUUAAACUUGUUAAUAUCCCUGUGACCACUCCUGAGAACUUAUACUUAAUGGGGAUGGAAUUGUUUGAAGAGGCGUUGCGUCGAUGGGAGCAAGCUCUGACCUUCCGCAAUAGACAGGCUGAAGAUGAAGCCUGCGGUUCCAUCAAACUGGGUGCAGGGGACGCUAUUGCUGAAGAAAGUGUAGAUGAUAUUAUUAGUUCUGAGUUUAUUCACAAACUUGAAGCUCUGCUGCAAAGAGCUUAUCGUCUCCAAGAGGAGUUUGAAGCCACCCUCGGGGCAUCGGAUCCUAACUCCCUUGUAAACGAUAUUGAUAAAGAUACAGAUAUUACCAUGAAGCAGAGUGUGGAUGACUUUGGCCUGCGAGACUCCUUGAGUGUGGCAUCAACUGAUUCCUACGCUUCAGCAGCAGAGCUUGGAGAGCGCAGAGACGUGCACCACCCCUACAGCCUCGAGUCUCUCUGUCACUGCCCUUUCUACGAGGAAGCCGUGCAUUUAGUGGAAGAAGGAAAAAUUUACUCCAGAGUGCUGAGAACUGAAGUGUUGGAGUGUCUGGGAGACAGUGAUUUUCUUGCCAAACUUCACUGUAUUCGACAGGCUUUUCAGGUAAUUCUUUCAGAAACAGCCAACAGGAUAUUCCUUGCUGAGAGUGGAAGGAAAAUUUUGUCAGCUUUAAUUGUGAAAGCUCGAAAGAAUCCAAAGAAGUUUGAAGAUGUUUUUGAUGAAAUGAUCUAUUUUUUAGAGCAGACUGAUCACUGGGACAGCACUGAAAUGGAACUUGCCGCUAGAGGGGUGAAACAUCUAAACUUUUAUGAUGUUGUUCUGGAUUUCAUACUAAUGGAUUCCUUUGAGGAUCUGGAAAACCCACCCUCGUCCAUACAGAAUGUAGUAAAUAAUCGCUGGCUAAACUCUUCCUUCAAAGAAACAGCUGUAGCUUCAAGUUGUUGGUCAGUGCUGAAACAGAAGAGGCAACAGAUGAAGAUCCCAGAUGGAUUUUUUGCCCAUUUUUAUGCCAUUUGUGAACACAUUAGCCCAGUCCUAGCCUGGGGCUUUUUGGGUCCUAGAAAUUCUCUCUAUGAUUUGUGCUGCUUCUUUAAGAAUCAGGUUCUUUUCUUUCUCAAAGACAUUUUUGACUUCGAGAAGGUGCGUUAUUCAAGUCUAGAGACUUUAGCUGAAGACCUCAUGCGGUUACUCAUUCGCCGCACAGAACUUCUAACAGCCUACCUGGGAGCAGACGCCCUGAGGCAUACGAGCAGCUGUAUCAGCAGUCAUGGUCAUGUGAUGUCUGGGGGGCUGUUGGAAGCCAAAGUACAAUAAGUAUCGAGAGAAUCAUAUAAUUUUAACGUGCUAUGAAGUAUUUAAGGUAACUGUUGAUUUUGUGUGCAUUACAAAAUCAACAGAAUUAGUGGGUAUAGACUCAGGAAGGAAAAUGAAUCUAGUAAAAAAGGAGUGACUGUACUAUACUUACACAGAAGUUAGUCUGCCAUGAAGUCCCUGUCUAGUGUGGCCAGAGUGGCUUUUUACAACCCUUAGGUAAUUUAAGCCGUGAAAUGUUGUGAUUUUACAGGAAUAUUGUUUCAAUUGAACCCAGUACUUGGGAGUUGAUUUGUGGUCUUGAAGCUGUCUGCAAUGUUCAGUGUCAUUCUCAAAAGCUGCUUUUAUGCUUUGCACCUUGAAAAUACACACAUUAGUCAAGACCCUUGCAGCCCACACAUGCAAGAAUCUAUUACUCUAGUGUCAACGUAUUUAACUUUGCCUGAAAAUAUAUUUUUAAUUAUAAAGUUAUUCACUUGUUUAAUCAAGUUUAGGCAGUAAUGGUGUGUAAUAUGUACUGCUUACAUUGUUGCUUGUGCAUUUGCUUCUGUGUCUGAGUCAAAAGACGUUGUAAUCACUCUAUAUUGUUAUAAAACAUUGAAACGAAUUGACAUUGAGAAGUUUAUAGUUUAUAACUUUAUUAUAAUAACUAUAGUUUCCAAAAUAUAUUACUGUUGGUCCUGUAAGUUACAAUAGAGAGACUUUUAUCUUUUUAUGGAUUAGAGCAUCUUCCCCU